UUCAUGACUUCUUGGACUAACAGCUUGCAGUGUCGUCUGUUCUGUACAUGAAACAGCAGAUAUGUGAUAUAGUUCUCAAAGAUCUCUUAGACAAAGCACAUAAGUUUGCUGCUCAAAUUGGGAUCCACCAACGGGAAUUUGUCAGUUUCUGAGAACUGAAGAAAAUGGGUUUGAACGUAAGUGGCUUGGUGGCUUUGGUUGUAUUUUAUCUCCUGACUUUAGCCACUGGAAUAUGGGCUUCUCGGAAAACUAAAAAGGAGAAGAGCCAGAAGCCCAGUGAAGUAGCCAUCGUAGGAGACAGAAACAUGAACUUUUGCAUUGCACUGUUCACAGCGACAGCAACGGGGGUUGGAGGAGCAUACAUCAAUGGCACAGCAGAACUAGUCUAUCUUCCUUCAAGAGGACUAGUGUGGGUUCAAGCCCCUGUAGGAUUAGCUUUGUCUCUCCUUGUUGGUGGGCUCUUCUUUGUCAAGCCAAUGAGAACAAGGAACUAUGUGACCCUGAUGGACCCAAUCCAAGAGUCCUAUAGGAAUGUGAUGGCAAGUCUGCUGUUUAUUCCACCACUGAUAGCAGAUGUGUUCUGGUUUGCAGCCAUUCUUGCUUCCUUAGGAGCCACCAUGGAGGUCAUUUUGGAUAUCCAAGGUUAUUUAGCCAUCAUUAUCUCUGCUGCAGUUAUCUUGUAUACUUUCCUCGGAGGUCUGUACUCAGUUGCGUAUACAGAUGUCAUACAGCUCGUCUUUAUAACAAUCAGCUUGUGGAUGUGUAUCCCAUUUGCUCUCAUGAACUCUGCAACACAAAGCAUUUCUUUUACUGCUGCCCACGACUUAUUCCAAGCGCCUUGGAUUGGAAAAGUAGAAAUGCAAUAUUUUGGAAGAUGGAUCGAUGACUUCUUAUAUUUGGUUCUUGGGGGCAUCCCCUGGCAAUCGUAUUUCCAGCGGGUUCUUUCAGUCUCUUCUCUCAGAGAAGCCAGGCUCAUGUCCUAUCUUGCUGGAUUGGGAUGCUUUGCCAUGGCUGUCCCUUCUGUGCUCAUCGGGGCAGUUGCAGCCUCCACAGACUGGAAUCAGACGAGAUACGGCCUUCCCUCUCCCAGUGACAGAGGAGACGCUGCCCUGAUACUUCCAUUAGUUCUCCACUAUCUUUGCCCAGCAGCCAAGCCAAUGGCCCCCAAGCCAACAAUCUCCAUUGUUGGCUUGGGGGCCAUUGCAGCUGCCGUGAUGUCUUCUGGGGAUUCUGCCUUGCUCUCCGCAAGCUCCAUGUUUGCUCACAACAUCUAUAGGAAAGUUCUCAGGAAGAAGGCAACUGAGAAAGGUGUAUUAUGGGUAAUGAGAGCAUCCAUGGUGAUGUUUGGGGCUGCGGCAGCAGGUCUGGCAUUUUACUCCCAUUCCAUUUUUGACCUCUGGUUCCUGGGCGGAGAGCUGGUGUAUGCCCUUCUCUUUCCUCAGCUCUGCUGUGCCCUCUUUGUCCCUGGUACCAACACCUACGGCUCAGCCGCUGGCUUCUUCUUGGGGUUUCUGCUGAGACUAUUGGCUGGGGAACCCUCCCUGAAGAUCCCCCCAGUGAUCCAUUACCCAGGAUGCUCUCUUGUAGGUGGGACCUACAUUCAGCUGUUCCCAUUUAAGAUGGUCACUAUGCUGGUCUCCCUGUUUACUAUCCUCUCUGUUUCAUACCUGGCGGCCUCCAUGUUUAAGGCAAACCUCCUUCCUGUUGAAUGGGAUAUUUGUAAAACAAUUAAGGAAGACCAAACGCUCAUUUUCUUACACCAAAGAGCAAAACCAGAGGAUAUACAGCAACUGGAGAACAUCAAGCCAGUGGGAGAGGAAACUGGUAUUCUGUAAUUUUACUGCACAGGUGGUGGAAGCCCCCUUAGACCUUUGACUGCGACCCUAUUCCAUGUGCUACUCCACUUUAGAAGUUAGGCUGAUAGUCACAAACAGAGUGGGACCUUUCUGGGGGUGGCACCAUCCCUGCUAGAAGCCCUUCAUUUCAGAUGCCUGUUUGAUACAGAGCUGGAGCUCUUCCUGGACAGCAAGGCACUGUUGCUUUUCUCAAAAGCAUUCUGACCAAUUUAGUGCUAUAGUUAUGAAA